AUAAAUUUGAAAUCUAUGAAUCAUGAUUAAAACUGCUUGACAAAUUCAAACGUUGGAUGCUAUUAUUGCAUAGUGAUGGGCGUAAUUUUCUUGGAACAUAUCGGAGGUACUCGUUUAUUCUCUUGCGCUUCCUGUGACACUAAUCUUACAAACAGAGGUCAGCUGAUAAGCACGCGUUUUACGGGCGCUACAGGCCGUGCUUUUCUCUUUAACAAAGUCGUCAACUUAAAUUACAGCGAGGUACAGGAUAGAGUGAUGUUGACGGGUCGUCACAUGGUCCGAGAUGUCAGCUGCAAAAACUGUGAUGCUAAACUUGGGUGGGUGUAUGAAUUUGCAACAGACGAUAAUCAACGAUACAAGGAAGGCCGAGUCAUCCUGGAACGUGCUUUAGUCACAGAAAGCGAUGGAAUGGGCGAUAAUAUUUAAUACAUUACAAGAAGUAGCACGUCAUAGGAUAAGAAUACUUUAUAGUCAAUGUAAAAUCAGUUGUUCUUUUUCUUAGUGUUCCUCAUACAUUUGGAGUAAUUGAAAAUUGUUGUAAAGUGUAUGAUAAUUUAUAUUUAAUAUUCAAUAUUUUUGUAAACAUAAAA